ACUGUGACGAAAUAGUAAGCAAAAUGACGUUAACAUUUUUUGGUGGUAAGCUGAAACAAAACAGCCACGACACGGUACAGCCAAACAGCCAAGUAAAGUGUCAGCGAAACGUUUGACUUCAUGAUAACAUUACAUCAAAUUACUUGUUUGUGGUCAAAAAGUGUGCUUCCGUGCAAUGUCAGAUUUGACGGUAAAAAAUAUUGUCAAGCCUGAAGAGCUGGAAACAGCCGAAACCCCAGAAAACAGUGUUCCAGGUAAAGCGAACAGCAGACGUUUAUGCAACUACAUUCUCAAGAAGACGCCACGUUCUAUGGCAAUCAUGGCUUGCUUCGUGGGCUGCUGUUACUUCCUGGUGGUGUCAGCGAACCGACUCAAUGCUGGUGUCAUAUUACAGACUGGAAUGGGCCUAUCUGCUGGUGUCCGUGCACGUCAACCGUACAUUCAGCGACAUUCCCGGCGCAACAUUAAUUCAGCCAUACCGAAUUCCACUGGACACUACCAGCGUACUCCACAUUCGAAGAAUCGAAAAAACAAUUAAGAAUGACCAGUUGGAAGACUGCAAGAACUAUGAUAGGAGUACCUCACCUGGCUCUCACGUAGAAUGCAUGGAGGCAUGCAUUCUUAAGAAGGUGGUGACCAGUCAAAACCUUACUUGUCUGAUACCAUGGAUGGACCGGAACUCUACACGUGGUUUGAUCAAUAAACCAUUCUGCAACACAUCUGAAGACUUUUUCAGAAGCCGUAAUGUGGCGUGGAGAGUUUUUCAAGGGAACAUCAGUGAUUGCAAUGACCUGUGUACACCAAGCUGCGAGCAGCUGAAUAUCCUGGUCAAAAUAAUGGGUGAAGCAAACAUCAGACGCUUUUGCAACUACAUUCUCAAGAAGAUACCUCGCACCAUGGCAAUUAUGGCGUGCUUCGUUGGUUGUUGUUACUUCCUAAUCGUUUCGGCGAAUCGCCUUGAUUCUGAUGUGAUAUUACAAGAAUUCAAGGCGACCAGUUCAGUGAGCAAGGAAAACUUGCAAAUAACAGUUUGCCCAGUAGCACCGUUUGACCCGAUUCAAACAUUGGACUUCAAAGCUCACACGAAAAGAGCGAAUUAUCUAAGAAAACUUGAUACCACUUCGCUCAACUCACAUGACUUUUCCAAGAAUUAUAUCAGAGCAAUGAAGUGUUUGUACGCUAGCAAAUACUCACACGAAGAUGAACCUGUAGAAGAAAAGAUACAUUCGCUGGCACUACAUACAGAAUGCAUGACCUUCGCAGGGAAGCUUUUCACAUCCGAUUAUCCCAACGAUCUUCUAGAAGUCUAUACCUGGUUUAGAACUUUUCUCUCACUAAAAAUGCUUGAGCUUGACAGAGAAGGUGAUGUCGAUUCUUACGAUGAAAUUUACAAGAACAUUGAUAUUUUGAAGCAAGACAACUCCACGCUGUCGCAAUAUCUAAAAGAUGUAUCCCGAGAUAUGGAAGAAUUUUUUACAAGUGACUUUACUUCUGUUGACAACAUUAACCUGAAUAAGCCCGCCCAAAAAGUUAUCGUGAACAAUGCAUUUAUAACACGUUUUGGAAUGAAAUGCACCAGUUACACCCUAGCAGACAGCGAAAAAGGAAAAAAGUUGAACCAGAGAUAUCAGCUUCAGAUGACUUUUAACAGGGUGGAAUUUUCCUACCUGCUGGUGUUUGUGAACGAAAAUCGCACAUUCAGCGACAUCCCCGGUGCAACAUUGAUUCAGCCAUACCGAAUCCCACUGGACACUACCAGCAUACUCCACAUUCGAAGAAUCGAGAAAACCAUUAAGAAUGAGCGGUUAGAAAACUGCAAGAGCUACGACAGGAGCACCUCGCCUGGUUCCCAUGUCGAAUGCAUGGAAGCAUGCAUCCUUAAGAAGGUGGUUACCCAUCAAAACCUCACUUGUCUGAUGCCGUGGAUGGACCGAAACUCUACACGUGGUUUGAUCAAUAAACCAUUUUGCAACACAUCCGAAGAAUUUCUCAGAAGCCGUGAUGCAGUGCAGAGUGUUUUUCAAGGAAAUACCAGCGAUUGCAACAUCGAAUGUACAGAAGGCUGCGAGAAGCUGAAUAUCCUGGUGAAGAUUAUGGGUAUUGUCAAACCGGCCAUCUUCAGCAACGAACAACGCCAUAACUUGAUCUUUAUCGUGUCCAAUGAAAUGGAUGAAUUCAGAAAUAGACCAGCAUACGGCUGGGGUGACUUCAUCUCAGAGGUGUUUGGGUCACUCAGUUUCAUUCUUGGUAUUGCCUUUGUAGCCCUGAUUGACUGGGUAUUUGCAGCACUGCUAUGGCUCUGUGGGAAACUCCCCUACAUCCCAGCAAUGCCGCCUAUCCUAAACUCGGACAUUUACAUCCGUGACGUCUACUUUAUAGUCAGACACGAGCUGUAUGGUGAACCGAUUCCAAUGACCAUAUCACAGACGUACUUGAAAAAGCAUGAGCGUAGGAGGGAUGCGUUCCAAGCUGCCCCGUCUACGACAGAGAAAACGGACAGUGACCACCGGCGUCCUCGCCCUCAGUUCCCUCGAAUGCAUCAAAGGAAGUCUAGUCUGGCUCUAAUGUCGGAGGCUAUUGCCGCAGUGUCGCAUCAACACGAGGAAGCAGUAUUGAUGCAGCAGUUCAAGAGUUUGUCCGAAGUUAUUCGACGGGGAAGUUCUGUCGCAGAUAGGGACUUGCAAAAGCGUUCAUCCUUCCCUCCCGGCGGCCGGUCUCAACAAACCAGCCCAUCAGUGCGCCAUCCGUCUGGAGCGACCGCAUCAAGUUCUCAUGGCAUGCCAACGAAGUGGUCGGAACCAAAAAUAACGAUAAGCGCACCUGAUGAAGACGAUUAUAGGGAAAAGUCACAAACGCCGUCACCCAAAAGCGAACCAGAUGAAGCUGAGCAUGAAAGUCAACCGGAAGCUCAAGGCGCCCCGGGACAAGAGGCCAUCGACACUGGUCAACCGCCGCUGACGCCGGCUAAGAGCGGGCUGCCGGGCAUAGACCAGCAGCGUCGGCCGUCGCGAGCCGCCUCCGUGCUGCGAGACCUCGACGCUGCCGAGGCGAGCCCUUCAACGGCCGAAGGAGCGGCUGCACCGCAGCUCCCGGCCCAGGGACAGAGACGUGCCUCCUUAUAUCGCACUAAACCGCGGCGAAAAUCGCACGCGGUCGCGCCGGCUCCGGCCCCCGCGAUCGCAGAAUCGAGCGAAGGCGAAGAGCCGCCGGACUGAGCUUUAAUGCACUUGUUUGGUUAGCUAGGUUUUUACAUUGUAUUGCCUGUGUUGCCGUGACGACUGGAAGCCAUGGCUGAACCGAGUCAUUUGGGUGGCCCUAAUUCGUGCCCCGCCAAUGACUUGUGUAGCAUUGACCGUUUUGUCUUUUAUUGAACCCUGAUGUCUUACGCUACUAAUGUCCAGCAAGCACGGAGACUGAUGCGUUCGCUUUGUCACAAGGUCCGCGUGCAUGUGGAAUGUCCUUUGUUGUGUGCUGCUCACAAAGAGACCAACUGACCAGUU